ACCUGCUCACUGCUCCUCCUUCACCGAUUGACGAGGCCCUCGCAGAUCUGGGCGAUGGCUGGUCGGAGCUCGAGCGUGAGGGCUCGCUCGAGCCAGCGCUUGCCCAGAUCUGCGGGACGCUUGCACGAGCGAGUCUCGCAGUUGCUCGCCAGAUCUGCGGCGAUGUAAUCUAUUUUACAGAGGAAAAGCGAAGGGGUCCUUUUGGUAUGAGCCAGUUUUUCAGGUGAAAACUCUAGAGGGAAAGAUGGUUUGGAGGAGGCGCAAAUACCGGGUCAAGAGAGGCAAGAUCCCAGGGACGUUUUACUUAAGUGUUUUGGACAAUGGAGUGGUUUCGAACGAGUUCUGGACUAUUGUCGAUGUGUCUGAUGAUCUGAGCUGGGGUUUGUUUCACUACAGUGGGGCAGCACGAGUCGCAGGUCAGUCCUAUACUGGUGCAGUGCUUGUGAGUCCGGAUGGGCAGUAUUCGAAGGAGACGGAUGAUGGUCGACUAGCGUCGGCGCUCGAGAACUGUGGAAUAAAAGAUUGGGAGCUCUAUGCCGUCGACAACUGCUCAUGUCUUGAUCCUCCGCUCGGGAUACCUGAAGGUUCGAGCUUGCAUUGCGUGAUUCAAGUGGACAAGCCAAAGUUGUAGAAAGACAGCUGAAGCUGUAUCAAAAGCCUUCUGCAACCUUAUCAUAUUGUUGCAUAGAAUUAAUAGGUCUGUGAUAAGAUAUGCGGUCGUGGAGACUAAGGAGGGCACGGCGAUGGAGGCCGCCCCUAGCCCGCCACCGGUGAGGAUCGUUGCCAUUGUCGGCGAAGGCGCAUCGAGCCCCCUCAAGGGCACGACAUGGAGCGAGGUCAUGCUGCACACUGCAAAGAGACUGAAAUGGGUUGAUGAUGGAUUUGAAAUGCAUGUGUUUACAGAUAAUAUCUGCCAAUUGAAGGAUCAGGCAUCUGCAAAACUUCAGGAGGAACUGAGACAUGCAGACAUUUUGAUUAUCGUUGCUGUAACAAGUCAGGAAACAGUGAAGUGGAUUGAGAGAAACAGCAGAAAUAUCCAGAACAUAAUCAGCUUCGACUCAUCCCCAGGGUUAAGUAACAAGCUAGGUGGAUCAGUUGUUCAAACUGAAACAAAAGGGACCAUUUUUGGGAAACUGGUGGGAACAUUUGAAUCAAAGCAAACCAAAGAGACCAGUGAUGUGAUUGAAACAAUAUCGGACGCCUGGAUGCGUCACAAUUCUGAUGAUAUAAGGUUCUCUUUGUUGGUUGUAAUCAAUGCUUACAUAAGGCCAGUUCCAAUUCUAAAGAACCUCAGGUCAAAGGGUUUUUCUACAUUGAACUACAUGGUGAAGAACUGCGGGCCUCAGAUAUUGAACUGCCUCCUGGAUCCCAAUUGUAGAAAGGCUCUUCAGUGCUUGAACCAGUGUAGUCCUGUGGAUCAGGUUUGCAACUACAGAUGUAUUGCGUCAUAUGAGAGCCCAAAUUUGGAUGCAUUUUCUUUGUGUGUUCUGCAGAAGAAUAAUUGUCUCGAGUUGGAUGCAACAAUCCCUGAAAAACCAUACAUCCCACCCAUGGUUAAGUUUCGAGGCGAGAACAUCUGCCAUGAAUCUGCAGAAGAUCUCUUCGUGGGAUGGUUAGGUAAUCUUGAUUGAAGUUGGCGUGUUGUAGCUGGUCAAAACCCAGCUUGUGCUCUCCAUAAUUACAUUCGUGAUCAAGAUGCAAUGGAUAGAAACUUUUCCCUAUAUGGAGAUCCGGAGUAUCCAUGCGGACCUACAGAAGUGGAGGUUGCAGAUAAUACAUUGCAUGAUGUACCUGGAAUAAAAAUGCUUAGGACAAGAAUUGUAAAUAAAAUGGCGAGGGAUCAUAAUAUGCCUGAGAUUUCAUGACUUUGUGUUUCUGACUUUUGUAAUAUUGUUUUUAAGUACUCACUUAUCAAAUUCAAUGUGAUGAAGUUGAACAAUGAACUAUAUUACUUCAUUAUUGUGAUGUUAUGUAUGAAAGGGUCUAUGUAGAGAUCUAUAAGAUACUCUUCUUUUAACUAGCUCUUAUUGUACAAAUUUUACUUACGAAA